AUGGACGCCAAGACCCUUUCCGCCAUGAUAUUUAAAUCAUUUCUCGUUCUUAUCAUAUCGUUAACCUCAGUAAUCGGUAAUUCCAUGGUGUUAGCAGUUGUGUAUCGAAGUCAGCGACUUCGAACUCUGACAAACGCGUACAUUGUAAACCUGGCCAUAUCAGAUAUCUUCAUGGCCACAUUGUGCAUGCCGUUAACGAUCACUGCUUUGAUAACUGUUAACUGGUCAUGGGGUGACACAAUGUGUAAAUUCCAAGGCAUCCUCGGAGUCUCACUGGCCUUUAUUUCUUUACAAACCAUGACGCUGACGGCAGCAAAUCGAUAUUUUCGUAUUGUACGUCCAAGAAAAUAUCCAUCAAUAUUUACCAAGCGGUCUACAUUUGUCAUGAUAUCUGUGUUAUGGGUGGUGGGACUGUGUUUUGGUGAGUUGUACGUGUGGGCCAGCGGAGGAGAAAUCAUCUACAUUCCAAACGCAGGAACUUGUUUCCCUCGUUUUGUCCCUCUUGUAGUUGCUGUAAUUGGUUUUCUUCUGCCGUCUAUCCUGAUGUUUCUGUGCUAUUUCUUGGUUUACAGAGCGGUCCGCCGACACUCCCUGACAGUCACAUGUUCAUUACAACGAGGAGACGUAAGGCCAAAUUGUGAAGAACUGAACACCACCAAGCUGCUCUUCUUUGUCAUGCUUGGCUUUGUUCUUUGUUGGGUUCCAACCCAAGUUAUUGGAAUGAUCCUCGCAAAAGUUAUGGACACUCUUCCUCCUGAAUAUCCGUGGAUUUGUUUCACGCUUGUGUAUUUAUCCUGUGCAGUAAAUCCUAUAAUUUAUGGUGUAAUGAAUGCUAGAUUUAGACGGGAGUUUAAGAAGUUGGUAUCUUCAGCUAAACGUGGAGUAGUUUGUACUGGUAGGCAUUUUAGGACAAACCCAACAAACCAACGGGAAGAAUUGGUUUUACAAGUUAUUUGA